AUGUCUGCAAGCCUUCCGCAUCUGUCGGCGGCACAGUCCGAGAACCUGAGAGAGGAGCUUAUCGCUUAUGCCCUAACGCAUGGCCUUGUUGUUCGGCCGCAACCUUCAUUCCUGGCAGACAACCCAGGAGGCUCUGUCGUCGUGCAUGCGCCAGUCGCACUGCAUCCAAGCGAGUUUCCCAAGCAAGCUUUUGAUCAUGCCAAGGAGAUUCAAACGGGCUACAACGAGCUGUAUGCCAAGAUUGCAAAUGACGAGGAUUUCAUGAGCAGAAUCAUGGCAGAGCUGGCGCCAGUGGACGAUUUUAUGAAGAAGUUGUGGGAGCUGCACUUGACAGUCAAGGCAAGAGGCAUUUUGCAGCCUCUCUCAUUGGGUCUCUUUAGAUCAGACUACCUGUUGCAUUCAGACUCGGAUGAUCUGCUGUCUGCGAGAAUCAAGCAGGUCGAGUUCAAUACCAUCUCUUCCUCAUUUGCAAGUCUUGCUACGCUGACCGCAGACAUGCACAGAAAUCUUGCCUCUCGCGGUUUCUACAGUCCAGGCAAUCCCGAGCAUUAUAACUUGCCCGAGAAUCCGGCUAUGCGUGCAAUGGCGCGCGGACUGGCUCAAGGAGCGAAAGCAUACGGAGGCAAGACUCCAGUCGUCAUGUUUGUUGUCCAAGCAGAUGAAAGAAAUGUCUUUGAUCAACGCUGGCUUUCAACGUGUCUGAUGGACAAUGACGGCAUUCAAUCGUAUCGUGUUGCCUUCACAGACAUUCAACAGCGCUGUAGCGUGUCAGCUGACGGUACAUUGACACUUCAAACGCCCGACGGGGAGGUGGAGGUCAGUGUCGUAUACUUUCGUGCCGGCUAUGGACCAGAGGAUUACAAGAGCGACAGAGAGUGGCAGUCUCGCCGCCUGCUUGAGCAAAGCAAAGCAAUCAAGUGUCCCACCGUCAUCACUCAACUUGCAGGUUCAAAGAAGGUACAGCAAGUGCUUUCGGACUCUGGCAUAGUCGAGCGCUUCAUCGAUACUCAAGAUGCUGCAAAGUUGAGGGAGACUUUCGUUGGUAUGCACUCUCCUGAUGGCUCGCCCGCCGGUCAAGAAGCUUGCAAGCUGGCAAUGGAGCAACCAGAACGCUUUGUACUGAAGCCACAACGUGAAGGAGGUGGUAAUAACAUCUACCGUGAAGCAAUACCCAAGUUUCUCCAGUCCAUUCAGCGGGAUCACUGGGCUGGCUUCAUCUUAAUGGAGCUGAUCUUGCCGCCUAUCCAACACAAUGCCAUCGUCCGCCAAGGCAGUAUAUACUCAGCGAGUGUCAUCUCGGAGCUGGGCAUUUAUGGCACGAUUUUGUGGUCCAAGGAUGGCACGAUCCUCAACAAUGACGAGGCAGGCCACUUGCUGCGGACCAAAUCGAGAGACACAGACGAGGGCGGUGUCGCAGCUGGAUUUGCGUGCAUUGAUAGUCCCAGUCUAGUCUAG